UAUAACCGGGGCUGAUGCAACCCACCCAGCCGCUCGACACAGCCUGCGGGAGGGAAGCCGAGGGACGGAGCCGACUCGCAGCGACGGCGGGGGCUGCUGCUGCCGCCCAGGCGUCCCCCUGGCGGCGACAACGGCGGCUCCUCCCGGGACCCAACGCGGCUCGAUUCGAGUCGGCCCGACAGGCCUGGAGGGGGAGGCCGACGUGCGCUCCUGGAGCAGGACGGCUGCGGCGGAGCUGAGCCUGCAACCCGCCUCCUUCUGCAGCCGGGCCCCGCGGGCACCUUCGCCGCCUGCUGCGUCGGCUUGACGGAGGGAUUGUAGGUCUUGCUAUGAUGCCAGGGCAGAUUCCAGACCCAUCCCUCACAGCUGGUGCUCUGCCGGGCCUUGGCCCCUUGACGGGACUACCUGGUACCACCUUGACAGCAGAAGAGCUCAAGUAUGCUGACAUUCGCAACAUUGGAGCCAUGAUCUCACCACUGCAUUUCCUGGAAGUGAAACUGGGGAAAAGACCUCAGCCAGUGAAAAGUGAGCUAGAUGAAGAAGAGGAAAGGAGGAAAAGGCGCCGAGAGAAGAAUAAAGUAGCUGCGGCUCGAUGUCGGAAUAAAAAGAAGGAGAGGACCGAGUUCCUGCAGCGGGAAUCCGAGCGCCUGGAGCUCAUGAACGCCGAGCUGAAAGCCCAGAUAGAGGAGCUGAAGCAGGAGAGGCAGCAGCUGAUCUUGAUGCUGAACCGCCACCGCCCCACUUGCAUUGUGCGGACAGAUAGCGUCAAAACACCCGAGAGCGAAGCCAACCCACUGCUUGAACAGCUAGAGAAGAAAUGAAGGAGGCAUGGUGGGUCAGGAACCAAAAGACUGAGCAGCGUCUCUUUAAGAGUCUCUCAUCUAUGUACUGUAUGAAGAACUGCGCACCAAAGACUGGUGCAAACAGAACACAGCAUGCUUCCUUGCGGAUUGCACCUAACAACCAAAUGGAGGGAAUGUGGACAGUGGCCACAGAAAUAGUGGGAGGGAAGCUGUUCUUCUGUUCUAAGGCUGCACUUCAGUGGGUGUGGCAGCUGCUGUGAGGGCUUGUCUGGUGCCUCAUCAUGUCUCUUCAAUCUAUUUGCCAGCCUUGGAGAACCUUCAAGACAUCCUUUGGAGUUUAUCCUCAGACUGCAACAUCUUGGGACACUAGAAGGCAGCGUUGUGGCUUCCCACCACCCCUCUUACAACUAAUGGUUGGCCAUCCACAGGGACAUAAGGUCCCUGGAACAACCCGGAACAACAAGGGUAGGAGGAAGCUCAUGGCAGGCAAAGCCACACAGGCAUUAGAUUUUGCAUCCUUCCACUCUGAACCCAGCCUGUGUUCUCUGCACUCUCUUCAGAACUAAACCAGAAACCAAGAAUGGCAAACACUUGACACAAGUCCUGCCUCACUGCUGGGCCUGUCUGUGGCACUGUGGCGCAGGCGCCCCCACAAGCACACCCUCAGUAUAAUGUUUACAGCCCAGCUGUCCAGGCCAUGCUUUGAAAAAUGCACAUUUUUACACUUUUUUAUAUUUUUACAAAGUUUUUUUUAUACAGCAGUCUCUAUAUGGAUUUAUAUAAUCACUAGAUGUGAUCCCAUAGAAAUGUAUGUUAUUAUGGUCUCUUUGUUACAAAUGCAUAUGCCACAGUUAUCUCCAUUGUGUUACUUGUUUUGUUGGCAUCGGCACCUUUCCCUUGGCAUGCUGGGAAACAGGCCUGAACCUUCACAUAGGCUCCGCCGCCAUGUCCAUCCAUGUAUGUCAUUCAUAAUACUCAGUCCUGUAUCUCUCAGUAAAUGUUAAACUUUUACUUAC